UUGAAAAUUUCCGAGACCUCUGUUUAUCAACUUACCAUCUGGACCCAACAUUUUACUACACUGCCCCGGGCUUCUCUUUCGACUGUAUGACUAAAUACACGGGCCAAAAACUCGAAAUGAUUUCGGAUUAUUGCAUGCUGCUAAUGAUUGAAAAAGGAAUUCGUGGCGGUUUGACUCAGGCGAGCAUGAGAUAUGCAAAGGCGAAUAAUGAAAAGACACCAGAUUAUGACCCAACACAACCAAAAUCAUGGCUUGUUUAUCAGGAUUGCAACAACUUGUAUGGUUACGCAAUGUCACAAUUCAUGCCAUACGGAGGAUUCAAGUGGGUCGAACCCAAAUUAGAUGGAUUACAUGACUUGGAUGACACAUCACCAAUCGGGCGGAUGUACGAGGUUGAUAUAUCAUAUCCGAAAGAACUUCAUGACAAGCAUAAUGACUUACCAUUCCUACCGAAAAACGAUAUUCCACCUGGCUCAAAAGUUAAAAAACUUAUGGCAACACUUCAUUCAAAGAAAAACUAUGUGAUUCAUUAUCGGAACCUGCAGCAGGCCAUUAAAAAUGGACUCGUUGUGGAAAAAGUUCACAGAGUUAUUCAGUUUAAUCAGUCAGACUGGCUUAAGAAAUACAUAGAAUUAAACACCGAGAUGCGAAAAAAAGCUAGAAAUGACUUCGAAAAGGACUUUUUCAAACUUUUAAACAACGCUGUUUUCGGGAAGACGAUGGAAUCUUUAAGACGUCGUAUUAAAAUGGAGAUUGUUUGCAGUGUAAAACGUUUGCAAAAACUUAUAAAUCUUACAACAUUCAAACACUGUACUACGUACGACGAGACUCUCAAUGCGGUGUCAUUGGAAAAUAAAAUUAUCAAGUUUUGCAAGCCUAUUUAUAUAGGUAAAUACAUAAUUUACUAUUAUCAUCCACAUUUUAAUAUUUUUUUUUUUUCAAUAGGUUUUGCAGUGUUGGAAAUUUCUAAGACCCUCAUGUACGAUUAUCAUUAUAACGUUAUGCAAGCCCAUUAUGGAGAUAAAAUUAACCUCAUGUAUACAGAUACAGAUUCACUGGUAUACUACAUCCAAACUGAUGACUUUUACAAAGACCUGGAGAAUAAUUCCAAUUUACUUGAUCGAAUGGACACAUCGGACUUACCACCAGAUCAUCCGUGCUACAUUGCUGAACGAAAGAAGGUCCCAGGUCUUUUCUCCGAUGAGACCAAUGGGCUCAUAAUGACACAUUUCUGUGCUCUCCGUGCAAAGUCUUAUGCGUAUAAGAUCAAUGGUAAGGAGAAGAUCAGGGCAAAAGGAAUCCGUGGUCAUGUAGUGAAAAACCACAUGAACUUCAACGAUCAUUAUCGUUGUCUGUUUGGAGAUACAACCUUGGAUACUAGGACAGAAAAUGUCUCUAUCCGCUCAUACAAACACCAAUUGAAGACUAUUAAGUCAAACAAAGUAACUUAUAAUAGUUUCGAUGAUAAGAGGGUUAUACUUGAGGAUAAAGUACAUACCCUGGCUCAUGGACACUACUCCACAGAGGAAGCCGAUACACUAGAUGAAGCAGAGCUGGAUUAAUUCAAAGCUGACCAUAUAGUUUUAAUUCUUAAAUUGUAAAAUACGUUAAUAUAAUUUUUGUAAAAUACCUACAGAGA